CCGGAAACAGUCCCACGGUUGAGGCCGGGCAUUGUAUGUCCCCGACAUUCGUGCCUUUUGACACGCCGGAGGAGGAUCUUCCCGGUAUAGCAAUGACAGAGAGACAGAGGACGCCACAUAGUUUUCCAACGCAGCAGACGUCAGGGACUGGGAGCCGGCGCCGCAACAAACAGAGCCAGCCGCAUCGUCCACUAGGCGAGGAUGAGCAUGGUCCUCCUGUGGGUUCCUCGGGCCGGAUGGAGUGUGCUGGACUGUCUCAACCCUCCAGCCAGCAAGACCAAGGCACCCCUGUCAUCAUAUACAAAAGGAAGGCCCUGGGAACUCGUCCCUCUCCCAGUUGCCAGAAGGACGGAGGUGGUGCGUCCAAGAAGGCGGCUCUGCGGGAGAUAAGCGAAGGAUCGGACGAGGAAACGGAGGACGAUUCUAGGGUAUGUGUUGAUCGACAUCCACAAGGUAAUCAUGUCGUCGACGAUGACGAAUGUCGUGUCGAAGAGGACGACGUCGAAGAGGAGAACAGCGAGAGGGAGAGAGAGAGAGAGGAUCGUGAGGAAACUAUGCAGGACUGCGAGGGUGGGAAGUCUCAACAAUACUAUGAGGAGGACGACGGGGGCGAUGGAGAAAACGAUCAUGCCUAUCCUUUACGUGAUGACGAUGGACGCCAAGAGCGGUCGGCUGAUGUGGGGGUCGACGACGCAACAAGAGAUCGGUCGGAGGCCAGUGUCCAGAAAAGGAAGCGACAAUCUUCAACAAGUCCAACGGCGGCGGCGGAUAAGCGCAUUGCGAAGAAACUCACUGUCGCUGCAUCUCGACAGGCGCUCAAAGCUUCUCAAGAGGCGGUCGCUGAAAGCGCGAAGAAACGAAAAGGGUCCCUGUCAACAAGGGCGACAAAAGCGGAGAAACGUGUUCCUCCAAGAGAUGUGUCGGAACAGACACAACCUUCCGUCGACACCCGUGAUGAAGCCAUCGACAGAACACGGUGCUUCUUCUUAGAGUUCGAUGAAGAUGGGUUUGCAAAGAAGAAAAGGGAACACAUUGAAGUGGACGUCACGAAGAUCUUGCGAAUCCCUGAAGGUGACAUCCUCUUCAACCAUAGAACGUUGGACGAAACGUUGGUGCAGUCCAUAUGUGAUACGAUUCAUCAUGCGGCCAAGGAAACCAACGGGAAGUGGGAUUUCAUGACUUUUAUCCUGGCUCCCAUUGUGCCCAACACGGACGGGUCUCAAGGCAGACGGAUCACACCGGAGCAAUUCGACGUCGAACUGGCUCAUACAUACAACUGGUAUGUUGUCGCUGGCCAGCACACGGCUGAGGCAAUCAACAGACUCAUUAAAGACAAGUCACCGGCCGAGAAAGUGUAUGGCUUCAGGUCAUACUCUCACAACGGCUACUGCAAGGACUGGACGAACAAGAUGCGCGGAUACAUGAAUCUUGCGCAAUGCGGCGAAACAGUAUGGCCACUAGUACAAAAAUUCUUCGACAUGUACGAGAAGGGGCUAUUGCCGCGAGUCGACGGUGUGAGAUACAUCGACCUGCCGGGGAAAGUGGAAGGGAGGUUGCCUGGGCAAUACUUCCUCAAGGACAACUCCGGCAAAAAAGUCUUGUUCCACUGCAUCAAGGCCGAGAAGGGGUCACAAGGCGCAACGGUGUCUAUACUUAACUUGACGCCGACAAUCUUCAAGCUGUUCGGCGAUAUGACAGCGAGAGAGAAGCAAGUGGCGCUUCACCACAUGAUGCGUGGUGAUGUCAUCGUGACAUCACGUUCGGUACCUUGUGGUAGAUGCAACAUGGCGGACCUGGUUAAAUAUACUCGGCGUGAAAGAUAUAUGGUCCGUAUGUUCAACUACAUAUUGUUCAAGGCCGAGGGGAGGUCAAAAGAAGAGUGGAGCGCUGACUUUUUCAUCGGUUAUACGACCAUCUUGGAGAGGUACAGCAAAAACGGCCUGACGGACGAGAAAUGGACGAAGGAACGCGACCGCAUCCCUGACGACAUGGCGAGGAAGGUGCCGAGGCGUUUCGACGGUCCUGAUGAGAUUAAUGGUGAGAAUGGUGCGGGACGGAAGGCAAACCAAGGCAUGUUCAAGGAAACCCCGUUCCACCUCAAGUGUUUCAUCUACGAGGCAAUCGACUGCUUGGACGACCUGAGAGCGGAGAUUAAUCAGAUAUCCUCCUGUGCUUGUCACAUAUUUUGGGAAGUGGGGAAGAGGAUUACCACGAUCCUGCCAUUUGAAAUAGAACCGAAGGGAGUGCUCACCGACAACGAGGAGGUUGUUGGUACGGAGAGGGGGAUGAAGAUACGGGCAACCAUUCUUGAUAUGUCAACAUCACCGAAAUGUGUUCUGUGGGACGAUGACGCCUUUUCCAAACUGUACACUUUCCUCAUAACAUGUUGUGGUGAAAACUGGGCCUUGAUCAUUUUCGCACCUAUGAAACACCAAAAACAGGUGAUGCAGAGUGUGUACAACUGGGAUGAUGUUGAGGUGCUCACAGGGUCAUGGUACAGACACUAUAUACCUUCGACAACCUUGAACAAGUACGGCAACAUUGCAGUUCGGUACACUGACAUGAUGGCUAUUGUCCUCCAUGCCGAGAACAACAAUUUGGACAAUAUAACGGUUGCGCCGAAAUUGCGAGCCGAGUUGACAAAUUUGAACGUUGAAGAGGGUGAAUUUGUGAGGUGCUCAGGGGAGUGUAUCGGCGUGGAGGGCGACACCGACGCGGUUUAUUCUUGGAUGGAACGAGAGUCAACACGCCUCCGAAAACUAUGCAGCUCGUUCAUCAGGGAGGACGAUGGCGUGAUGCUGUUGGGCAGGGCGCAUGCGGGACUGAUUUGGGAACUCGCUUGCGCCGGACACCACGUGUUUGCGUGUGACGACACGACAAAAAAACUCACAUACCUUUCCAAAUUUUUGGAGUUUUAUGUGAAGGAUCCGAGGAACAAGUGCAGAUUCGAAAAGCUCCAAGUCGAGCACCGCAAGGACCAAGACAUUUACUAUAAGCUCGGCAGGAAGAGGGAGAAAAUGUGGGCUUACUUGUUCGGUGACACUCCACGGACGGCGGUUGAUAACGACUACGUCAUCAGGAAAAGUGAAAUCGAGAUAAAAAUGAACGAGUACCACGGAUCGCACAUGGGUGUUUUCCACAUGUUUGUAGCGCGUUGUGAGCAUCUGUAUUUCAAUAUGAAGAAAAGAGCACUGUCAUGCAGGGACUAUGCGGACUUGGCACGUAAAGCGAGGAACUUCAACAACAUCGAUUGUGACGAAGACACGUCAGACUCCGACCUGGAUGUUCCGUCGCACGCGACACGACGUUCGGCGUAGGGAGCACGUGCCGAGGAACCGCAAGGGAGCACCAACGCAGAAGCGGAGAAGGCGAGGUCGAGUUUGAGAGCGACACAUGCUAGUAAGGGAGACGUGGAACAUAGAAUGAAUGCAAGGGGAAAAA